GGCUGGGUGGGGAGCAUGGGCAGGGUAGUGGCGCCCGCGACCGGCUGCGGGCCGGCCAGGGGGCGCCGCCGAGCCGGGCGGGCGCGGCGCGAGGCAGGGAGGAAGCGAGGCAGGGAGGAGGGAAGGCCCGGCCGGCCGCGGGAACUGCGGGAGUGGAGCGCGGCCAUGUGGCGAAGGCAGGCCGGCGGCGGGGCGGAGGGGCGGCGGGCUGCCCCCGCCGCCAUUGGCUUCCCCGAUGAGGAGCCGGGACCCGAGCUGCCCUUCGACGAUUCUGACUGGCCCACCGAAUUUCGGAGUGCAAACAGCUCCCAGAAAUUGAUGAACAUCACGUCCUCCUUUGCCAAUCAGCUCCUUCUAGUUUCUCUGCUGGAACAUCUUUGCCACAUGUAUGCUGAAGAUCCUACACGCUCAAGACGUUUGUUUCAAUUACUCUGCAAAACGUUUACUCAGAUGCGCUUGCUUUCCGAUUUCGCUGUCUGUGAAGAAUUCAGCAGUUUGCGACUGCAGCAUAAUCGAGCCAUUACUGAACUAAUGAAAGCAGCCAAAAAGCAAAUACACAGUGAGGAAGUUGGUCAUGAUGAUUCCUACAAAAACAGGGAAAACGAAAUCCUCUUUGAAGCACAGACAUCCCGUUACGUUAAUGAAUUUGAUGAGAUUUCAAGGCUCGGAAAAGGAGGAUAUGGAACAGUAUAUAAGGUCAGAAAUAAACUCGAUGGUCAAUUCUAUGCGAUUAAAAAAAUCCUGAUUAAGAAAGCCACAAAACAGGAUUGCAUGAAGGUCUUGCGGGAGGUGAAAGUCUUGGCUCAACUGCAGCAUCCCAAUAUUGUAGGUUACCAUACUGCUUGGAUGGAACAUGUUCAACCAGCGGGUCCAAAAGGGGAGUAUAACUUGUGGGCUUCAUUCCGCCUCUUGGAUCUUCCAUUGCUCAAAAUGUCUUCUGGGCAAGGAAAUUCUGAGUACAGCUGCAUUCAAGAAAUGGAAGACAGUUCCAUUAUCUUUGCCAACCAGAGCCCGGAGGAUUCUCUCAGCAGAAACUCUGAAGGAAAUGAUGCGGAUGCUUGCGCACUUCCUCUUGGGACACAUGACAGCAGUGGUGAAAAUGACAUGACCAGUGAAUUAAGGGACAGCGGAAAUCAUCAAUCUAUCCUACAUUGCUAUAAUCAAAAUAGGGACCAGGAAAAUGCCAAUGAUUCUUGCAGUGAUGAAGACUCACAGAAGAUGUCUUGGCAUCAGCCCUGUACGACCAAGUAUCACCUGAUGCUUCACAUACAAAUGCAACUGUGUGAAACCUCCUUAUGCAACUGGAUUGCUACCAGAAAUGACACCUGUCUGAGAGGAACAGGUGACUCUAGCCCUUAUCACCAUAUUGAGAAACACUGGACACUAAAAAUUUUCCAAGAGCUGCUAGAAGGAGUGUAUUAUAUCCACAAUAUGGGAGUCAUGCACCGGGACAUUAAACCUCGAAAUAUCUUUCUACAAGGACCUGACCACCACGUGAAAAUAGGAGACUUUGGGUUAGCCUGCAGAGAGAUUAUAGAGGAAGAUACAGCCCGCUUGCUAAGUGCAGAGAAAAAUAAUGUGUUCACCCAUACCUCCGGAGUAGGCACUUGUCUGUAUGCUUCACCUGAACAACUCCAAGGCUCUCGUUAUGAUUUCAAGUCGGAUAUGUACAGUUUGGGGGUCAUCCUGUUUGAACUUUUCCAGCCAUUUGGAACAGAAAUGGAGAGAACAGAAGUUUUGAUGGGCUUACGACAUGGCAGUCUACCGUUUUCUUUUAGUGGAAAAUGGCCAAUACAGGCCAAAUACGUGAAGCUGCUGACAAGUAACAUAUCUUCAUGCAGACCAACAGCCAUUCAGCUUCUGGAAAGCGAACUCUUCCAUAAUUCAGCAAAUGUCAUUUGUAUUCUUCAGCAGAAAGUAAUGGAGCAAGAGGAAGAAAUCAAACUGCUUAAAGAAAAAAUCAAGUUACUUUUAGAAGAGAGAGAUGAAAGAGACAGAAUUAAGCCAAUCGGCUCUCCGGUUUAAGUGAACCAAAAGUGCUUGUAAUUGUGUUGCUGUUAACUUGUGUUUUUUUUUUUUUACAUAAAACAUCCCAGGUCUUAA